UCUAUUUCUGCUCUAAAGCCUUGGGCACAGAAAUCUCUGCAGGCAAAUUACUCCAGAGCACAUUGCAGGACAAUCCUGUAACGAACAGUUAAAUUCACAGCAUCUGGAUUCCUGAUCCUUUGCCGACAUGGCAGGUGUGAGUGGCUGUGUAAAAUAUUCUAUGUUUAUCUUCAACUUCUUGUUCUGGCUAUGCGGUAUCUUCAUCCUGGCAGUGGCAAUUUGGGUACGAGUAAGCAAAGAUGGUCAAGAGCUUCUCAGCAGUGAGGAAUCUGUUAAUCUUUAUGUUGGUGUGAACAUCUUGAUUGCUGUGGGUGCUACCAUCAUGAUUCUGGGGUUCCUGGGAUGCUGCGGUGCCAUAAAGGAGAGCCGCUGCAUGCUUCUGCUGUUUUUCAUAGGCUUGUUUUUGAUCCUGCUCCUUCAGAUAGCAGCAGGUAUCCUAGGAGCUGCUUCCAGAUCUGAGUCUGAGAAAAUUCUGAAUGAGACUCUCCAUAAAAAUGUAGCACUUUUGAGUUCAACAACCGAGGCCGCAGAAACAUUCCAGAAAGCCCUGAAUGAAUUUCAAGAACAGUUUAAAUGCUGUGGUUUGGUCAAUGGAGCUGCUGACUGGGGGGAAAAUUUUGAAAAAUAUUCCAAGUCAUGUGAAUGUCCAGAUACACAAGAUGCUUCUUGUACAAUGUUUGGAAACAAAUCUGUUUACAAACAGCCAUGCAUUUCUUUUAUAAAAGACCUACUUAAAAAACAUAUUAUUAUAAUUAUCGCAAUAGCAUUUGGACUGGCAAUUGUUGAGAUACUUGGUCUGAUAUUCUCUAUGGUCCUGUUCUGCCAGAUUGGGAACAAGUGAAUCUGUGGAUGUGUCGAGCUAUCAUCAGUCAAACUCCUUAAAAAUUUUGCUCUGGCUUUGUGACUUUAUAUAUAUGAGUGCUGCAUGUAUUAAGAGCAGCCGUCCUAUUAAAAUUUCUCGUUUAACUAGACUAUAUCUUCCAGACAUGUUGAACAUAUUUAGGACCUUAGUAAUAC